AUCUGGCAGCCAUCCAUAUUGUUUCGUCUGCUACACCAUCAUUUCUAUAUUUGUAUUUUGAUUCGAAGAGCUUUCACUUCUAUCGAAUUUGUUGUAAGUGAAAUCAUGUGAUAGCUCCGUUCCAAAUUUGUAAAAUACGCAUCUAAGCACAUCAACAUUCAAAUUAGCAUGUCGUUGAUCGAAGGAAUAGGCGAUGAAGUGCCCAUAUUUUUUGUUUUGGCAGCGAUUGUCAUAGUGGCAUUUAUGGUUUUGGCUUGGAAAUCUACAGAUGUCCCCGAAACUCCUCUGUCACUACCUGUUCUCACAUUUACAUUAUCACAAAGAGUAAUUCCAGCUCCAGCUGGGCUGGUUGCAGAUGAUGAUGGACCUUCAUUUCCAUUAGAAGAUAAUGAAUCAAAUCAAGAAAUUUCUUCUGCAGAAAACCUGGAAGUUUCAUCUGAUCAUCAAACGAUAGCAAACUCAGCCAUACAGGCAGAAAAUAAUGAAGAAACACUCUCAGAAGUCCAGUCUAUGUCACAAGAAACAGCAUCAGAUAAAAGUGAUGAGCCAAGAAGAAAACAAAUGGAUGCAUCACCAACACGAACUGAAGCUAUAAUAAGUGUGAAAUUGAUGUAUAUGGACGAUACACACAGGGUGGUAGAAAGUCCUAUAAGUAUGACCAUUGGAGACUUUAAAAAGACACAUUUUAAGAAUGAGCUGAACGCAAACAAAGUUGUCAAACUCAUCUAUAAUGGCCAAGUACUGAGUGAAGAGUCCUCCAUACUCUCUCAACACCUUGCCCGGUCCUACACAACAACAAUCGACAGAAGAUGCGUUUCCACGACAAUCCGGCCAACAGACCGCUACAGAAUCCGGUAUAGACAUCGGCGGCCUACUAGUCCCUCUAUUUGGAGUCAUUCUUGGCUUAGUUUGGUACUGCAGGAUCGCCUACGCCUCUUAUUUUACAGCAGCAGCAACAACUGGGCUCGUUGGGCUAUCUGGGCUCUGCAUCUUUUCGGUUCUUAUUAUUUGGUAUCCAGAACCCGAAGCUCCGUAAGCAAAUUACUUGUAGAUUCGAGAUUUUUCCCAAUAAAUAUGACGCGUUGCCCCAUCGAUUUCCGGAAAAACGUUUUCUGGUAUUCUACUGAGUCGACACUGAAAACACAGGCAUACAACUGAUGGAAUAACAACAAUUUGGAGGUAGACGUUUUUCAGAAUUAAACAUAUAAAACAAUACCAAGAAUCGCGAAAAACCUAAAAUUGCUCCAUAUAAAAAGCGUUUCAUUCCAGAAACGUUCGCACUUCAUACGAUACGAACAGUUUUGU